CUCAAAGAAUUUUAGCUUAGCUCCUGUACGAGCCACUAUUUAUAACAUUAAAUAUUUCUUUAAUCCGUCUACGGUAGAUGGUCGAAGAAAAUCGUGCCAAAAUUUCGGAUCAUCGUUAAAGAAUCGAGAUCCACCGUCCACUCAAAAGAGGAAAACGAGGGGGGAAAGUGAUAUUUUGUCACGAACGUCCUGAAAGAUCUUGGUUUUGGCUGACUUCUUGGGUCUGGUUCGCUGUUCGGACGGCUCCAGUUCAUCCAAUCUGUCAUCUUUCUUCCUCAAAUCCCAGUUCUUUCCUUAACCCGCCUCUGAAGAUCCUCUCUUGGUUGCGCCCGCAAGAUCAAUGGCUUCUUCUUGCGCAGCAUUUUGCGUUUCUCAUGCGCUCGCUCACUGGAAGGCCCGUAAAGCACUUUGCUCUGUGCAAAGACCCAUGUCGAUUAAGGCCCUUUCGGCUUCCGUGGAUUACUCCAGCGUCUCGGUUGCUGACAAGCCCGCGAGCUCAUCAAGGUCCAACAAUUGGCUGUGGAAGUUCAAGGACAAUGAUAUCAACAUCCACUACGAAAAGCAUGAAAGCGAAAGCCCUGAUGCUUCUAAAGAUAUCCUCAUGGUGCCGACAAUAUCUGAUGUGAGUACCGUAGAGGAAUGGAGACUAGUGGCCAAAGAUAUAGUCGAACAAGUUGGUAAAGUUAAUUGGCAUGCUACUAUUGUGGAUUGGCCUGGUCUGGGCUACUCUGAUCGGUUAAAGAUGGACUAUGACGCGGAUGUCAUGGAGAAAUUCCUGGUUGAUUUUAUAAAUGCGCCUGAUAGCCCUCUUAGUCACUCAGCAAAUGAUUUGGUGGUUUUUGGAGGAGGCCAUGCUGCCACAAUCGUAGCUCGUGCUGCAAAAAAGGGUUUGGUGAAGCCUAGAGCCAUUGCCGCGGUUGCUCCGACAUGGGCUGGGCCUCUCCCUAUUGUGUUUGGCCGAGACUCCAACAUGGAAACAAGGUAUGGUUUGCUUAGAGGCACUCUACGAGCCCCUGCUCUGGGCUGGAUGGUGUACAACGCACUGGUUAGCAACGAGAAGGCAAUCCAAUCCCAGUAUAAAUCUCAUGUAUAUGCAAACCCUGACAAUGUGACACCAGAAAUCGUCGACAGCAGGUACGGGCUAACAAAACGACCAGGCGCCCGAUAUGUGCCUGCCGCUUUCUUGACAGGUCUACUUGACCCCGUGAAAUCACGAGAGGAAUUUCUUCAGCUAUUCGCCAGUUUGGAGGGAAAGAUGCCAGUCCUAGUCAUGUCAACGGAAGGCUCUCCUAGGAGGUCAAAAGCAGAGAUGGAAGCCCUUCGAGGAGCCAAAGGGGUUGCCAAAUUCGUGGAGGUUCCAGGUGCGCUCUUGCCACAGGAGGAGUACCCAUCCAUCGUUGCAGAGGAGCUGUACCGCUUUCUGCAGGGGAUUUUGAAUCUUGAAGGCUUCUCAAUUUGAUAUCUCCAUGUUUGCAACUUUAGUAUCUCAAUAUGUUACAGACAGUGAUUAGUUCGACUCUUUGCCACCAGAGAUCUCAUAAUGCGCAUAAGCAUAUACUCUGGAAGCUACCGCAAGAUUUUACGUCAGUAGCUUUAGAGUUUAAAGGGAUCGAAUGUGUUUAAAUUCAUACUGUAAAAACUUCUCCAUGGAUCUGCAACAAACACAAAGCUUUAUUACCGAGUCCUACUUUCCUGUUGUACUUCUGUCGAAUCGAUUUCCCCACAUUCUAAGAUAUAUCCGCUUUGUGUUCA